AUGAACUCUAUGAUGCUUGCCCAACUUAUGCAGGAUAUGCAGGAUCCUGAAAUCAUGCGUGAGGCCCAAAAGAUGAUGAACGACCCUGCCUUCCAAGCGCAAAUGAAGAAAUUGACAGAAUCUCAAGGAUUCAAGCAACACAUGGAGGCUUCUCAAGAGAUGAUGAAGGACCCGGAAAAGAUGAAGGAAAUUGAAGCAAAGAUGCAAGACCGGCUGAAGGAAGGAAAUGAAAUGCUUUCCAAGUACAAGGAGCAAGAAAAGGAAUACUUGGAAAAGGAAAAGGCCGAGAAGGGAGAUGGAGAAGAAGACGGCGAGAAGAAGGCUGCCGCCAAGGAAGAGGAAACCGAAGAGGUCGAAGAUAUUCCCGAUAUUCCCAGUUUGAACUUGAACUAA